AUGGACAAUCUCACAGAAGUGAAGGAGUUCCUGCUCAUGGGGUUUUCUGAUGUCUGGGGGCUGCAGAUACUGAGUGCUGGGCUGGUCCUGCUGGUUUAUCUAACAGCACUGGUGGGGAACCUGCUCGUCGCAAUGGUCAUCACGCUUGAUGAGUGUCUUCACACUCCCAUGUACUUCUUCCUGAAGAACCUCUCUCUCUUGGAUAUGUGCUACAUCUCAGUCACGGUGCCUAAGUCCAUCCAUAGCUCCCUAACUCACAGCAGCUCCAUCUCUUACUUUGGCUGCAUGGCCCAGGUCUAUUUUUUCUUUGCUUUUGCAUCUGCUGAGCUGGCCUUUCUCACUGUCAUGUCCUAUGACCGCUACAUCGCCAUUUGCUACCCCCUCCAAUAUGGAGCCAUCAUGACAUCAGGAAAAUGCCACCAGAUGGCAGUCAUCACGUGGCUGAGUUGCUUUUCCUAUGCAGCAGUCCACACUGGCAACAUGUUUUGGGAGCACAUUUCAAGAGCCAACGUGAUCCGCCAGUUCUUCUGUGACAUUCCUCAUGUGUUGGCCCUAGUUUCUUGUGAGGUUUUCUUUGCAGAGUUUGUGACGCUGGCCCUGAGCUCGUCCUUGGUGCUGGGCUGCUUUGUUUUUAUGAUGACCUCCUAUUUCCAUAUCUUCUCAGCAGUGCUCAGAAUCCCUUCCGCUGAGAGUCGAGCAAAGGCCUUCUCCACCUGCUCCCCGCAGUUGGUGGUCAUCACACUCUUUCUUACCACAGGGCUAUUUGCUGCCUUGGGACCAAUUGCCAAAACCUCAUCUAUCACAGAUUUGGGUAUUGCUCUGGCAUACACGGUUUUGCCUCCUUUCUUGAAUCCCAUCAUAUAUUGUCUUAGAAAUAAGGAGAUCAAAGCAGCUACGUGGAGACUAUGUGGGAAAAUAAAGCUUCUGCGAAAGUAG